ACUCGUGCUCAUUGUGGUGCCACCAGACACGCCCUCAACAUGCAGAACGAUGCCAGCGAGUUCAUGGACCUGUAUGCGCUGCGGAAAUGCUCCGCCAGCAACCGCGUCAUCGGCGCCAAGGACCACGCGUCCAUCCAGAUGAACGUGGCCGAGGUUGACAAGGUGGCAGGCAGGUUCAACGGCCAGUUUAAAAGCUAUGCUACCUGCGGGGCCGUUGGCAGGAUGGGUGAGUCAGAUGUCUAUUCUCCGACUGGUCAAGGCAGACAGCAUCGUCUCAAAGAACUUCUGCCUAGAGAGGAACCUGGAUGUGGAAUGUUUGUCAUAAAUAAAUAGUGAA